UGAGGAACUACUUAACAACCCAAUCUUUCUACGGUCUCCCUCGUUUAUUGCUAAAUCCUUUGAACUCUCUGGUUGAACGUUGUUGUAACUGAAACAACUACAGAUUGUUUCCUUCUGUGUAUUUGUUUUGUAAGAAAUAAAACGAUGAUUUUUUUAAUUGAUUGUUAUUCAAUCAAAUCGAUUGCCCUUCACAUUUCAAUCACAAGCCUUUCAAGAUUCGUAGUGAGUAGAAGCUAAGAAUGACGAAGAAGAAAAGGGUUCAUUUCCUACUCGCCCUUGUGGCCAUCUACGGUCUCAGCACCGCCGCUGAGAAAUGUCGAGAGAUGGUUGGCAAAGAGGCUGCAUCCAAAAGCGGGCAGUUUGGUAUCAUGGACUGUUUAGAUGGUGGCACUGGAACCGUGGCAUGCAUGGUGAAGGAGGGCGUAAAGAGUUACAUUUAUAGCAUCAAAACCACUCACGCCGAGAUAGCAAGCCAUCUCGCAAAGGAAGGUGCACUGGCCGAGGCUGUAUCUCAAGGGAUGACCGCCAAAGAUGCAACUAAAGAAGCCCAGAAAGCGGCGGCAAAAGCAACCAAAGUGGCAUCGCGCCAAGCCGAGCAUAUCCUUGGCCCCAUUGUCUCUUCGGGAUGGGAUCUUUUCGAAACGUUUUACUUCAGGGGCUCAAUAACGGAAGGGCUCGUAAGAAGCUCGGGUACAUUGGUUGGCACGUAUUUGGUCGGGUUUCUAGGCGAGAAGAGCUACAGAAGGGUUGGAUACUUUGUUGGAAGCAUGCUAGGUAGUUGGGUUGGAGGGAAGGUGGGUGUGAUGAUUUAUGAUUUGGUGAAUGGAGUACAAUACAUUCUUCAGAAACCUCAACAACAACCUUACCAGAGGCCAGCAGGACAUGAUGAAUUUUAAACUAACUUAGGUGGUCUUAAACUAGCAAGUAUAAUUUAAUUCCUAAUUAUAAUAAGUUGUAAAUUUGACUUUUAAUUAGUUACAAUAGUAACCUGGCAAUCAUUAU